AACAGCAAGAACAUGGCCGGGAGAAGGGUGAUUGGUCUCUGUUUUGGAAUACUCUUACAAGUGAUGCUGGCGACCGCUGGCCAGGAUCGGAUGAGCAUGCUCUGUUCCGACGACGACACACCAGCCUGUGCCCAGAGCCGCGAAAAUGGAAUGUACUUUUUGUUCGCCAACGAGUGUGACCUUCGGAAGGCCCAGCGGGGCAACCUCAUGAAUGGCCCUCUAUAUGACGUUACCCUCCGCUUCUGCUUUCCCAGCUGCGAAUUUGAGUGCAGCUCAAGGUAUCAGCCAGUUUGUGGGAUCAGCUCGAAGUCGGGGGAACGAAAGACCUUCAGGAGUCGCUGCGAAAUGCUGCGAACCGCUUGCAUCUCCCGGUCGGACUGGAUGGUCCAUCAAUGGGGAGUGUGCCCAAAAGCCAACGCGGUGCCCCAGAGCAGCGAAAAGCCGCCCGUGCCCUGCACCAGGAUUUAUCGACCUGUAUGCGCCAUGUACGCGGGUGUCAAGUCAACCUUCUCCAACGAGUGUUUGGUGAACGCGGAAAACAUCAAGACCCAAAGAAACUGGCGCAUCGUUUCCGAGGGUCUUUGUGGCGAGGACAGCACCAAGAUGAAGCACAGUCGCAAGCAGAAGCCGAAGGCCAAGCCCAAGUCGGAUGCGGAGCGCACCAAGCGGAGCCACAGAGGCACGAGGCUGUCCACUCAGGCGGAAGACUUCCAGAUACCGGAGGACGCCGUGGAGAUCUACGCUCCCUCGACCUUUCACACGCAGUUCAUCAGCCAGUCUGGCGCCAUGGAGAAGAGCUACUCGCUACCCGCCAGGAAGCCCUAUGUCGUGCUCCCCCCCAAAACGAAGCGGCGAAUCACCACAAAGUCUUGUGUAUUCGGCAAUCAGCCCGUUUGCGGGAACUUAAGAGGCCAGAGUCGCACCUUUUCCAGCGUGUGUGAACUCAUGGAGUUUAGCCAAAAAGUCGGAAAUGCAUGGACCAUUGCCCACGAUGGAGCCUGUCGCCGCUGCGAUAAGACGUGCCCUACGGUGUAUCAACCUAUUUGUGCCACCAGAAACGGCAUCAAUCACACAAUCGUCAACGAGUGCUAUUUGGAGCGAGUGCGCUGCAAGGAUCCAAAAAGCAUAUGGAAGCUAUCCCACAGAGGUGAGUGCGCCAAACCAGUGAGCAACCCACGGCACAUUUACUCCACUGGUAAAAGUUGCCCAACGUCGUUGGUGCCAAGUGUUUUAUACGGAAAGAGCACCACCACACCACGAAGCCGCUUCAGGAAACCAGUACGUAGGUUCACAACCACAAGGACUCCAACCACACCACACAAGACACGUCAGCUGGCGAUGACAAAUUUCACAGCCACUUCGCCUUCCCUGGAAGCGAAUAAUCGCAAAAUACGCAAAAUUGAGCUAGCCGCUGCGGGAUUUGCGGGCUUGGGUGCGUCAAGCGGGUCAAAUUACCUGAGCUCUGAGGAAGAUGCUUUCUGGUCCUCUGAUGACAGUUGGCUGGUGCAGAAAACUCUCGAUAAUGUCAAGGGCUUACUUGGCAAUAAGCCUACUUCCUUUAAGAAGGCGCACGGUGGGAAGUACCCACUGUCCCAUUGGAUUGUCCCACCAAGGCAAACAAGUACUACCAGCACCACCACAGCUGCACCACCAGCUAAACUACCAGCUGUUCUCAGCAUGUCAUCCACGGAGCUAUUGAAUUUAGAUUUUGGAAACCUUGCCGGCGCUUACGAAGAAGCUGAUCACGAAUCGAUGCUCAUGCCGACCACUAAAGAGGACACCACCUCAACCUCAACCACGCCUGUGCCCAGCACCACUACUCCGCCCAACAUCACCGAACCUUCAACCACUGAAUUGCCCACCAGCGUUGACGUUGCCUCUGACUCGGCGGAAACGGUCAGUGAAGACUCCACCACUGAUUUUGGAGAAACGACUGAUCCAACGGGCUCAACGACCAGCAACGAUUCCAGCACCUCAGAUGCACCACAACCUUCGACCACAGAGGCGGAGGAGUUGAACAGCCAAACCACGGGGAGCGAGUCCACAACCACCGUGGCCUCCGACGAGCUGUCCACGACCACCUUGAAUGCGGACUACGCGGCGGAUGAGUCAUUUACCGAGUCCAGUGGUCAGACCUCCAUCUAUGGGCUCGACAAGAACUCCUUGAUCAUGAGGUUGCUACGUGCCAGAAGUAACCAAAACGUGCUCAUCUAGUUUAAGUUGUUGAUUGCUUACGUUUCCAAUAAAUACAAGACUUAAAUAUACAUACGUUC